CCGACCCCUCCGCACCCGGCCUGCCCUGGCCUCCGCUCCCCCAGGUGAAAGAGGAGGGAUGUCCGCUGCCGCCUCCGCUGAAAUGAUUGAAACCCCCCCGGUCCUCAACUUCGAAGAAAUCGACUACAAAGAGAUCGAGGUUGAAGAGGUUGUUGGAAGAGGAGCCUUUGGUGUGGUCUGCAAGGCAAAAUGGCGAGCUAAAGAUGUAGCUAUUAAACAAAUAGAAAGUGAAUCUGAAAGAAAAGCCUUCAUUGUAGAGCUUCGACAACUGUCACGAGUAAACCAUCCCAAUAUUGUCAAGUUAUAUGGAGCCUGUCUAAACCCGGUGUGUCUUGUUAUGGAGUAUGCUGAAGGAGGUUCUCUGUACAAUGUGCUGCAUGGUGCUGAACCUCUGCCUCAUUAUACUGCUGCACAUGCCAUGAGUUGGUGUUUACAGUGUUCCCAAGGAGUGGCGUAUCUCCACAGUAUGAAACCAAAGGCUUUAAUCCACAGAGACCUGAAACCACCGAAUUUGCUCUUGGUAGCUGGGGGAACAGUUCUAAAAAUCUGUGAUUUUGGUACAGCCUGUGAUAUUCAAACACAUAUGACCAACAAUAAGGGAAGUGCUGCUUGGAUGGCACCUGAAGUUUUUGAAGGUAGCAAUUACAGUGAAAAAUGUGAUGUUUUCAGUUGGGGUAUUAUUCUCUGGGAGGUAAUCACCCGUAGGAAACCUUUUGAUGAGAUUGGUGGUCCAGCUUUCCGCAUAAUGUGGGCAGUUCACAAUGGUACUCGACCACCACUGAUCAAAAACUUACCUAAACCAAUUGAGAGUUUAAUGACCCGUUGUUGGUCCAAGGAUCCCUCACAACGACCAUCCAUGGAGGAGAUUGUUAAAAUAAUGACACAUUUGAUGCGGUACUUUCCAGGAGCUGAUGAACCUCUGCAGUAUCCUUGCCAGUAUUCAGAUGAAGGCCAAAGCAACUCUGCCACUAGUACAGGUUCAUUCAUGGACAUUACUUCUACAAACACAAGUAACAAGAGUGAUGCUAACAUGGAACCAAGUGAAUUCCAAGGAGCUUCUACCAAUGACACUAUUAAACGUUUAGAGUCAAAAUUGGCGCAGCAAAUGAAAAAUACAGCCAAGCAGGCGGGUGAUCCUGGCCGUUUGAGCUUACCCCCAUCUCGUGGGAGCAGCGUGGAGAGCUUGUCAGAUGUUCGUGCACGACCACAGUCAGCCCUUGUUUCAGGAGAAGCCAAAAGGAUGAGUGCUGACAUGUCUGAAAUAGAAGCAAGAAUAGCUUCCAUCACAGCCUAUUCCAAGCCUAAACGAGGCCAUCGUAAAACUGCUUCAUUUGGCAACAUUCUGGAUGUCCCUGAGAUCAUCAUACCAGCAGGAAACGGACAGCAGAGGCGCAGAUCCAUUCAAGAUCUUAGUGUUGCUGGAACAGAGUCCAGUCAGGAGAGUAGAAACAGCAGUAGAUCAUCUAGUCCUAGUGUGAGAAUGAUCACUACCUCGGGACCAACCUCUGAAAAGCCAACUCGUAAUCCAUGGACACCUGAUGAUGCAGCUGCUCUUGGAGAUAGCAUAGUCUUUGAGGGCAACACCUUAGUUUCUCUACCACGACUACUCUGUGGCAGGUGCUUUUGGGGUAUGGAGACCAAUGGGUCAGAUAACUCCAUCCCAAUGGCAUAUCUUACAUUAGAUCAUCAGUUACAGCCUCUAGCACCAUGCCCAAACUCCAAAGAAUCUAUGGCUGUCUUUGAACAGCACUGCAAAAUGGCACAAGAAUAUAUGAAAGUUCAGACAGAAAUUGCAUUGCUGUUGCAGAGGAAACAAGAACUAAUAGCAGAACUGGACCAGGAUGAAAAAGACCAGCAAAACACAUCCCGUCUGGUACAGGAACAUAAAAAGCUCUUAGAUGAAAACAAAAGUCUCUCAACUUACUAUCAGCAAUGCAAAAAACAAUUAGAGGUCAUCAGAAAUCAGCAACAGAAACGGCCAGGCACAUCAUGAUUUCCUGGGACCUUUCAAAUGAAAAAUAUGCACAGAAAAGACUGAUAUUUUUUUUUAAUUGUUAUUAUUAUCCCUUAUUAUGACAACUCAUGAGUGUUAGCUUCUUGGUGUGAUCUGUAUUUGUCUGCUACACUUAACAUCAUUUAAUUUUCUUUUUCCUAUCGUGGACAUCCAGUUCAACAGGUUAAUUGAAUAAGGUGAGAAAACAGUGACUUGAAUUAACCAACAGCCCUCAAUAUAAAGCAAGAGCAGUGGCUGUAUGCAUGUUCCAUGUGUGAAGGCUAGCCAAACAAGUGUUAAAAGUGGCUGCUAAAUUGUAAGAUCUUGGGUUUAGUUUUUGGUCUUACCUCAAUAAGAGCAAAACAAAAACUUUCCUGUUUAAGAAUGGUUUUGUUCCAGUGUCUCAUCUCAAACUAUUAAUAUGACUAUUAUUUUCAGGACUUAAACAUGCACCAGGCUGCAGAGGUGAUGUUGACUGACCAGAGUAAUUCAUGAUUCAUUAGUGAUGCCAUUUACCUGUAGACAUAGUGUAUUUUUUCGUACGUGCAAAAUGGUAGGCAAACUGAUGCCUUGGUUCAGCAUCCUUGGUUCAGUGCUUGAUAGCCCUGCAUUUUGACUAAUAUAUUUCUUGUAAUCUUGCAUUCAUAAAAUCUUUGAAGUAAAAGGCUGUAUUUUCUUUACUUUCUUGGGGGGAAUGACAUGCAGUUUCAUUUAGUUACUGGGCAAAAUUUAUGAGGGUGAUUCACUGGGCAAAGUUGGUCCCUUGUAUAACAGAGAGAAAGAAUCAAAAAUGUGUGAAAGUGUGUUUUAAACCUUUAAAGCUUUUGUCCCUAUAGCAUCUUUGGAAGGAAAUUCAGAAAGCAAAUUAAUACAAAACUUUAAAUACUUGCUCCCUUUAUACGACUUCUUGGAUUAUUUUUUUUCUUACUACUUAUUUCUUAUUUGCUGAAAAGCGUUUACCAUAAAUGUAAAUAAGUUUGGUUUAGAUAGGGAGAGAAGGGUUUGGGAAAAUGAAUUUAUUUUAAAUAGGAAAUUUAUGAAAUGGAGUUGAGUAUGGAAAUAGCGGAAGCUAUUAAGAAAUUGAGGGAAAUGGCUUAGAUCUCCAUCAGGAAUCUCAGUUAUUCCACUCAUUUGAACAUAGUUCAAAGGAAGUCCGUUAGAGAAUGCCUGCUGCCUUUGUGACUGAAGAAUUGCAUUUAAUGAACUCAAGCAGAAUAUGUAAUGAUCAGUGUUGUUAUUUACCAUUAUUACAUGAGAGAAAAUAACUACUUGUUUACAUUGCAGAUUGAUUAUUUGGAUUAUGAACUUUUAACUGGUACAAAAAUGAGGCACUUCUAAAUAUAACGAGAAAUUACUCCUUACGUAAGCCUUUGGUGUACUCAGUUGUGGGCAGGGUUUUAAUAACACUCCUUUGCAAAAGGAAAAUAGAAAAUUGAAGUUUA